UUCCUGAACUCGUCUCUUAACCUUCUUAUUCCUUCAACAAUCAACAAUGAAAGUUCCUGCCAAGUUUUUCAUGGGACUGCUACUACUAUUCCUACUCCUUCCUUAUUCUCAUGGCCUGCAAUUCCAAAAUCACAACCACCAAAACUCCACCGUUCAGGUUUCCUCCGCCGGAACCUCCACCGCUCAGUCUGCCACUCAUCGGAAGUUUCUUCUAGGCCGUGCUGCUGCCUCUGCUCAUCCUGAUCGAUACUGGUCCCUAUCCCAGUGCUCUGAAACGGACAUUGUAGUUGAACAAGGUCCGACAGAUCCCCUCCCUAGUGGAAUACCAACGUACACAGUGAAAGUGAUGAACGCCUGCAUCUCCGGCUGCGACAUCUCUGGCAUUCACCUCCACUGCGGUUGGUUCGCCACCGCCCGCGUCAUAAAUCCCACCAUCUUCCGCCGCCUGGGUUUCAACAACUGCCUCGUCAACGACGGGAAAGUCAUCCCCAACGGCCAAACCGUUAGCUUCCAGUACGCCAACACGUACCCUUAUCACCUGUCUGUCGCCUCCGUCGUCUGCCCCGACUCAUGAAGUAUCAGAUCGAUGAUAAUAAAAUAAAACUAAUAUAUUAUAUAUGGAGUUAUGGAGAUCGAAAAAUAAGAAACGAUCCAUCAAAUUAAGAGUAUUCAUUGUUAAGUUUGAGCAUUGAUGUUGUGUGUUUGGGCUUUGUUUGAUGGCUCGUUCAUGUGUUUUUGGAUCUAGUGGAGGUUUUCAGAAAUAGGGUUUUAAGUUUAGAUAUGUUGUGUUUACUAUUUUGGUAUUUCUAAAUUCUUGUAAAUAUUGGGUUUAAUUUUGCUUCA